CCUGCCUCGACUGACUCUUGGCAAACGACGCAAGCAUCCUACUUAGACAACCCAGGUGAAUAUUUAACGGAUUUAACAGCGGAAAAAUAGGAGAAAUGUCGGAGCAAAAAAAGUUUUCUGAAGUUAUUGCUCAGAUAUUACAAGAGGCGCCAACUGCUAGGAAGGGUUUAAGUGAUAAUCACAGCAACCUCCUGAAAGUGGCGGAUUACUGCGAGAACAAUUACCUUCAGGCAGAGGAUCCCACUAAGGCUGUGGAGGAGGCCAAAGCUUUAGCAGCCCAGUCUCUGGCCAGUGUGACGUAUCAGAUCAACAGUCUGGCCUGCACUGUGCUGAGGCUGCUGGACUCCCAGGCCAUGCAGAUCAAAGAUAUGGAGUCUUCUGUUAACCUCCUGUCACUGGCUGCAGCGAUUCACUUCGAAAAGGUCGCCAGGAGAGAGAUCGGCGCUUUUACUACUGCUAAAACCAAGACUCGUUCCAAGCUUUUGGCCCCACCGGCCUCAGGCAAGGAGCCAGCAAAGAGCUACGCAAGAGUGCCCAUUUCAUACUCCACCUUGGACUCCAUUGGACACAGCUUUCGGGUCCCAGAGCAGCCAACAAGAAAGCGAGCUGACACCACAGAGAGCAUACACAGCACAUCAGACUUUUCUGUAUCCAACCUAGGCAUCGCUGUGCCUCCACCAUCAGUCCCCACCUUACAAACCGUCUCCAACCCCACUGACAACAGCCUGCCUCCUCCUCCCCCUCCUACAGACAUGGACCCCACUCUGCCUUCUCCUCCUCCGCCACCUCCCCCUAUGGACUCUGGCCUCCCCCCUCCACCAUCUUUGACUUCACCCACAUGUCUCCCCCCACCUCCACCUCCACCUCCAAUCUCCCCCUCAAAUGGCAUGUACCCACCUCCACCGCCACCCCCACCUGUAUCGGGAGGUGCUGCUCUCCCUCCUCCACCACCACCUCCACCUGUUGCAGGGGGUGCUGCUUUUUCUCCUCCACCUCCACCUCCUCCAGCCCCACUUUCUUCGGGAGCUGCACCUCCUCCUCCUCCCCCUCCUCCUCCAGCCCCUCAGAUGGGUACCUCUGGUAUUGUGCCACCUGCCCCUCCACCACCUCCAUUUUAGUGCACUUUAAUGAUGUUAUUUCUCCAAAAUUCUUGUAGAAAAUGCUGAUAACGUUAUGAGUAAACAUUCUGGGUUUUACUAUUGGAUGCAUGUGUGCAUGUGCAUGGUGGUAUAUAUUUUUAUAGCUUUCAUGAGCUUAAAUAAAAGCUUGUGGUUUAA